GAAAAAUCACUUGGCCGGUAAACACGCGGCAGACAGUGAGCUUGACGUAAAUUUAAUAAAACUACUAUUAACUUCAGCAGUUAAAGAGCAAUCCAUGAAUUUACUGUAAACGGAGAGUGAAUGCUUUGGGUACACCGUAGCAAUCGGUGUUUCAAAUUUUGCCUAUUACCAGUCAGAGCAUUGCCGUCGUCAGCGACAAUCACAACAAAUUUUCAGUGUCAUUUUAAAUUGUUACUGUCGUCGGACGGUCGAUUCGCGCGACACGCAGCUGAACUUAAUAGCAAACAAUUAAAACCAAUUUCGAGGAAUCAUAAUCGUGUACUAUAUACGAUGGCGGAGCAGGUUAUAUACUUGGACACUCCCGAUAAAUCGGAAAUGGAUAAGAAAUUAUACAAAUUAAUUCGUUUGCCCAAUGGAAUACGCGCUCUUAUUAUAUCGGAUCCGACUCCGAUGCCCCACGAUGGGUUCACUACUUCAGAGUCAUCGGUCGGCGAAGGAAGCGAGACGUCUGGAGAGACUGAGACCACGAACAGCUCAAGCGAGUACACAACGUCCACUUCGGGCAGCGGACACAGCACUUCGGAUUCCGAUAGCGAAGUGGGCGAUGAGAAACUGGCCGCCUGUGCGGUCCUCUUGGAUUACGGCUCAUUUUCCGAGCCUCGCGAUUAUCAGGGCUUGGCUCAUUUCUUGGAACACAUGAUAUUCAUGGGCUCCGAAAAGUAUCCCGAGGAGAAUAUGUUCGACGCACAUAUCAAGAAGUGCGGCGGCUUCACGAACGCCAUCACAGACUGCGAGGACACCGUUUUCUACUUCGAGGUGGCCGAGAAACAUUUGGACUCGAGUCUGGACUAUUUCACGGCCUUAAUGAAGCACCCACUGAUGAAGCAGGAGGCGAUGCAGCGCGAACGCUGCUCCGUUGAUUCGGAAUUCCAGCAGAUCGUGCAGGAGGAUGAGACAAGACGUGACCAGCUGCUGGCCAGCCUGGCCGCCUACGGCUAUCCCCACGGCACCUUCGCCUGGGGCAAUAUGAAGACUCUCAAGGAGAACGUCGAUGACCUGGAGCUGCACCAUAUGCUGCACGAAGUCAGACGCGAUCACUACGCUGCCAACCGGAUGUACUUGUGCGUGCAGGCACGCCUGCCCAUCGACGAGCUGGAGAGCAUGGUACUGCGCCACUUUGCCGACAUACCCAGCAAUGACGUCCCGUCGCCGGAUCUGUCCAUGUACGGCUACCAAAAUUGCUUUCGUCCCGAGUUCCAUAAGAAUGCUUUCUUCGUGAAGCCCGUGGAGAAUGUUAUCAAGCUGGAGCUGACCUGGGUACUGCCCUGCGUGCGCCAAUACUAUCGCAGCAAACCGGACCAGUUCCUUUCAUUCUUGCUCGGCUACGAGGGCAAAGGCAGCCUCUGCGCGUACCUGCGCCGUCGUCUGUGGGCCCUGGAGCUGGUCGCUGGCAUUGAUGAAAACGGGUUCGAUCUCAACUCCAUGUACAGCCUGUUCAAUUUGUGCAUCUAUCUAACCGAUGAGGGUUUCAAAAACUUGGACGAUGUCCUGGCGGCCACGUUUGCCUAUGUGAAAGUCAUUGCCCAGGCUGAUCCGAAGAUUCUACGCACUAUCUACGAGGAGCAGCAAGGCAUCGAGGAGAUUGGCUUUCGCUUUCAGCCACAGCGUCCGGCCAUGGACAAUGUGCAGCAGCUGGUGCUGAACUGCAAAUACUUUCCGCCCAAAGAUGUGCUCACCGGCAAGGAUCUGUACUACGAGUACAACGAGAAGGAUUUGGUCUAUAUGAUCGCCCAUCUGAACGAAUUUAAAUUUAAUCUAAUGCUGACUGCUAGAAAAUACGGGGAUUUGGUCUUCGAUAAGCGCGAACCGUGGUUUGGCACCGAAUACACCAGCAUCCCAAUGCCAGAGAAGUGGACACUUCUGUGGUUCAGUGCGGAUCCCAAAAAGAUGCCCGAACUCUUUCUGCCUGAAUCGAAUCGAUUUAUUACCAACAACUUUGACAUCUAUUGGCACCAGAUGGGCAAGCCCGUACUGCCAGAUUCGCCCAAGAAACUGCUGCACUCGGAGAUCUGUGAGCUCUGGUUCCGCGGUGAUGACAAAUUCGAGCUGCCCGAGGCGUACAUGUCCUUCUAUCUAAUUUCACCGUUGCCGCGCAAAAGUGCCCAAAAUGAUGCCAUGUGCGCCUUGUACGAAGAGCUAGUCAAGUUCCUCGUUAGCGAGGAGUUGUAUCCAGCCACCAGUGCUGGACUCAACUAUACCUUCAGCGUGGGCGAGAAGGGUCUCAUACUGCAAGUGCAUGGCUACAAUGAGAAGCUGCAUUUGCUUGUCGAGUCCAUUGCCGAGGCGAUGAUCAGAGUGCCAUCGAUGCUCAAUGACGAGAUGUUGGCCACCUUUGUGAAGGAUCAACGCAAGACCUACUUCAAUACGCUAAUCAAGCCACGUGCCCUAAACAGGGAUGUCCGCCUGUGCGUAGUGGAGCAUUUGCGCUGGCUAAUGAUCGACAAGUACAAAAGCCUUAACAAUAUUACACUAAAGGAUCUGCAGGAGUUCGCCACCCUCUUUCCACAGCAGCUGUAUGUGCAGGGCCUGGUGCAGGGCAACGUAACGGAGGAGCAGGCCCACAAUGUAAUGAACACGCUGUUGAGUCGCCUCGGCUGCGUGCAGAUUGAGGAGCACUACUAUGUGGAGGAUCGGACAGUGCAGUUGCCGCAGGGCGCACACUACAUACGCUGCCACGCGCUGAACGAGCAGGACACGAAUACUGUGAUCACGAACUACUAUCAGAUCGGGCCGAACAACGUGCGCUUGGAGUGCAUCUUGGAUCUGUUGAUGAUGUUCGUCGAGGAGCCGCUGUUCGAUCAGCUGCGCACCAAGGAACAGCUGGGCUACCAUGUCGGCGCGACGGUUCGCAUGAACUACGGCAUUGCCGGCUACUCCAUCAUGGUCAAUUCGCAGGAGACAAACACCACGGCCAGCCACGUGGAGAAGCGCAUCGAGGUGUUCCGCAACAAUAUGCUGCAGAUACUCGAGGAGAUGUCCCAGGAGGACUACGACCAUACGCGUGACUCCCUCAUCAAGCUGAAGCAGGUCGCCGACACGGCGCUGGCCUCCGAGGUGUCGCGCAACUGGAACGAGAUCAUCAAUGAGGAGUAUAUGUUCGACCGUCGCCGCCAGCAGGUCGAAGUGCUGCGCACUCUGACAAAACACGAAAUCGUCGCUUUCCUGCUGGACAACGAGAUCAGCAACAUGCGCAAGGUGUCCAUACAGGUGAUUGGCCAUGAGCUGGCCAAGUCGAAGAUGAAAUCGCUAGCCGAAACGAGCGCUCUUGCUAAGCGUACGCUAAGUGAGACAAAGUCCAUCAAUGAGGACGAUGCUGACGAAGAUGUUGAGAUGGAAAGCAGCGCGGAAGAGGGGGACGAGGAGCAGGACGAGGAUGAACUCUUCCAGGCGCUAGCCGACAAACUGAACGUUGUCUUUCUGCCCGAAGAGGGCGAUGCCACCACCAUUGUGGACAUUGCUGAAUUCAAGUCGAAUCUGGAUCUAUACCCCAUGAAUCUGGCCAAUACCGAGAAUGCCAGCACCAAUCCAGCGCUGAUCGAGGACAUAAUGAUGUCAUGAACACAACACACGGACACACCUGAAGGUGACCACAUAGAAAACUAACAA